GUGACCGUCUGCGGCGCGCCUCGCUGCUCCUUCGCUGCUCCCUCGCUGUUUGUACACAGCGCGCGCUGCGAUUCGCAUCCACUUCGGUAUCCAAGUCGGUAUCCAAGUGGGUCUCCGGUUCGGCGGCGCGCGCACCCGCUCGCUCGCUGUACCACUGCAGCAAACGGAGCGGCGCAGGGAGGACUCUCUCCUCCUCUCACACCACCGCGUCCAGCCUCGCUGCGAACAUCUUCCUCCUCUCUCACACACGCACGCACACACACCAAAAAAGGACUUACAGAGGUCAAAUCGGGAGAUACUGGUCUUUUAAUACGACGCCCUUGCCAGGAAGUUCUUGUGGUCUGUUCCUCUCUUUCUUUUCAUGCUUUUCUCUAUUUGCGGAGCAGACGUCUUUUUCGAAAGCACAAAAAGGAUGGAGCCGUUGCUGGUGCUCGUCGCCCUCUGCAUAAGCGCCGCUGUCCCACAUCAAGGAAAAGGGGAAGAGUGUGAGCCAAAGCCAUGUGAGAACGGGGGCGCCUGCUUUAUGGCGCUGGCUGACGAGGCAUUUACAUCAUCUGAUGGCGAGGACCCUUCUGCAGCAGGUCCAUGCCAACCAAAUCCAUGCCACAAUGGAGGAAUAUGUGAAAUUAGUGAGGCGUACCGGGGCGACACCUUCAUAGGAUAUGUCUGUCAGUGUCCACCAGGCUUCAACGGAAUCCACUGCCAGCACAACAUUAAUGAAUGUGAAGGAGACCCAUGCAAAAACAGAGGAAUCUGCACAGAUUUAGUUGCCAACUACUCUUGUGAGUGCCCUGGUGAAUUCAUGGGGCGUAACUGCCAGUAUAAAUGCUCUGGUCCUCUCGGAAUGGAAGGGGGAAUUAUUUCCAACCAGCAGAUCACAGCGUCUUCCACACAUCGAGCCCUUUUCGGACUACAAAAGUGGUACCCAUACUUUGCCAGACUAAACAAGAAAGGCCUUGUGAAUGCCUGGACCGCUGCUGAAAAUGACAGAUGGCCAUGGAUUCAGAUAAACUUGCAAAGAAGAAUGAGGGUUACUGGACUGAUAACACAAGGUGCCAAGCGCAUAGGAAGCCCAGAAUAUGUGAAAUCCUACAAAGUGGCCUCCAGCAAUGACGGGAAGACCUGGAAAACAUAUAAAGUCAAGGGCACCGAUGAGGACAUGAUUUUCCGUGGAAACGUUGACAACAACACACCAUCAGCAAACUCCUUCAGCCCCCCGAUCGAGGCGCAAUAUGUGCGUAUUUACCCACAAGUGUGCAGGAGGCAUUGUACCCUCCGUAUGGAACUGCUGGGCUGUGAGCUUACGGGUUGUUCUGAGCCACUGGGAAUGAAGUCUGGUCAUAUCCAGGAUUAUCAGAUCACUGCAUCCAGCAUCUUUCGAACUUUGAACAUGGACAUGUUCACAUGGGAGCCGGGGAAAGCCAGGCUGGACAAGCAGGGCAAAGUUAAUGCAUGGACGUCAGGGCACAGUGACCAAUCGCAGUGGUUACAGGUUGACCUGCUGCACCAGACCAAAAUCACUGGAAUCAUCACCCAAGGAGCAAAAGACUUUGGUCAUGUGCAGUUUGUGGGGUCCUACAAAGUGGCCUUCAGUAAUGAUGGUGAAAGAUGGAGUAUAUAUCAAGAUGAAAAACAGAAGAAGGACAAGGUUUUCCAGGGAAAUUUUGACAAUGAUACACACAGAAAGAAUGUGAUAGAUCCACUGAUUCAUGCCAGGUUUGUACGAAUCCUCCCAUGGUCAUGGUAUGGCAGGAUCACCUUGCGAGUUGAACUUCUUGGAUGUACAGAAGAAGACUGAGCAUCAACACCCUUCUCCUGGAAUGCUGGAAUAUUGUAUUUCAGUCAAUAUUUCCGUAUGAACUUGUAAAAACUAUUUUUUUUUCCUUUUUCUUUUUUUCGUUUUCUUUUAUUUGUUUCUUUUUUUAUGAAGUUUUUGGUCGUGACAGACCGCAUAUUGUUUUGUACAUGCGACCUUGUCAAAUUGGUGUUUUGUCUUUCUUUCUUCCUGUUUUCACUGUUUACACUUUUUAUCUGUUUGGAAUAUAUUUCUGCAACAUGCUUGGGGAGGGCAGGAACAGUAACAUAUAUGGAUGAAGUUUGCCACGAAAGCUACAGUGUCACUUUUUAGUAAAUGCAUAAAAACUAUGUUCCGGUUACUCAGUUACUUCUUGGGUGCAGACACGGGGGUGGACAAAAUAUUGGAAACAUCAGAUAAAAAUGGUUCCAAAUUACUACAUUACAAAGGCAGCUGCACAGGUGAGUCAUGUUAAACUGAACAGCUGCUAUGAACAUUUGCCUGCUUUUAAUUUGGUCUCACAAUCAACAACACCCUUAUGCAGUAGUAAACGACAGUCGGUAAAAGUUGAAACUCACUAACAAAGAUAGAAGGACAAGAUAAUACAAAGCUUAACAGCCACAAAAAUACGUUGGUGUUUUGUCCCUCCUGCUGUUUACAGGAGGGACAAAAUUCAGGAAAUAAUUACAGGUUAACAUGCAAAAAUGCAAACUGUGGGGAAACGUUAAUAUUAUAAGUUAUCUUUAGGUCUGUGUCUGAAGAAAGCAAACAGUCCCCUCUUUACUCAUGGUCUUUUGACAACUUUUUAACACAAUAAUGUAUAUGUACUAAAAAGAUUUGUGUAAAUUAUUGGUAUCAUGAUUACUCUGCGAUGGACAGCAGGUAGGGUGUAGACCAUCUGAAUGUUGCUGGAUUCCACACCCUACUACAGCUGUAUUAACCUUGAGCAAGGUAUUUACCCUGAACUCUUACAGUAGAUCUCCUCCACCGUAUAAAUGUUUCCAGUAUUGUAACCAUCACUCUAUAAAAGCCUAAGCGAAUAACAAAUAAAUAACAAUAGGCAGGGAAUAGAAAGCCAUUUUAGGGAACCAAGUGUACACUAUGGUGCCACAAACGUUUACAUGGGAUGUUCUCAUAUUGCAAUAUGCUAAUGACCCCAUGACUUCAAGAACACGAGAAAAAAGUUAAAUCCCAUGGCCUGAAAAAUCACAAAUGUUAAACCUUUCUGGAAGGUUCUGGAGUGCAGUGUGUAUAGUAUAUUUCUUUUUUCCUCAGAUAGAAAUAAAAUGCUGAUUUUACUUCUUGACAAGUUUUAAGAACCCUCUACCCACAGUUAAUAUGUAUGACAGAGAUUCUGAAGACAAAGAGAGAUACUUGCAGCCCAUGUAUUUUGAACAUCCCCCUAUGUGUGUGUGACUAUAUGACUAUACAUUUUUAAAACUAUAGCUCAAAGUGCACAUGUAAACAAUCAUUAAAUGAUUAACUAUAUGGUGCAAUACAUUUGUAAAUUACUGCCUAUAUGGUACAAUACGUUUGUAUGUUCUUUUAAAAAUCUCUUUCCUUGACUAUGUUGUGUGAUCUUAUUAAAAGUCAGGAACAUGAAUUAUUAUUGUGUAAUGUAAAAAGAAUAUCUGCAUGGGAAUUAUUUCAUAGUGUUUUAUAUAUAUACAUGCAUACAUACAUAUAUACAUAGAUAUAGAUAUAGA